GGCGAGUGCGCGCCCAUGGCGGUCCCCACCGUCGUCUCGAAGCGCAUCAAGCGCAAGGCGCCGCGCGCCUUCCUCAGGCGAACCUUCAGGCAGAAGAAGCCGCACCUUCGCCUGGAGACCGCCGGCGACCUCCUGAUUCAUUUGAAUUGCUUGCUCUUUGUACAUCGGUUGGCAGAAGAGUCCAGGACAAAUGCUUGUGAAAAUAAAUCUGGAGUUAUCAAAAAGGAUCACGUACUGACUGCAGCAAAGGUAAUUCUGAAGAAGAGCAGAGGUUAGAAGUCAACACAUGUUUAAGAAUUAUAUGGUGUGUUAAUUUAGGUGGCAACAGAUUGUUAAGACUUUUUUUUGUGAAUCAGGUUAUAUUGUGGAUUAUUAAAACAUUGACUAU